UUCUUCGAUUCUAUCCAACGUUAAAACCCUUCUCUUAAUCAACUCCACGUGAUGGGCAACUACGUUUCAUGCACCUUGGCACCUCCUCUCAUGAAGAACUCCAAGGCCACCAGAGUCAUCAUUCCCACCGGUGAAGUCAAGCAAUUCAGGGAGGUUAUCAAGGCGGCGGAACUCAUGCUUGAACACCCCACUUACUUUCUCGUCAAUUCUCGUUCUCUUCAUAUUGGUCGAAGGUUUUCUGCUCUCGCCGCCGACGAAGACUUGGAGUUUGGGAACGUUUACAUCUUCUUCCCCAUGAGGAGACUGAACUCGGUUGUCACCGCCGCCGACAUGGCGGUGCUUUUCUUGGCGGCUAAUUCCGCCGCCAAGAGACUGUCCCGCGGAAAGACGCGCGUUCUUCCGCACAACGGCGGUGGUGAAGUGGAGAAAAACUCAGAUGCAGAAAGAGAUGUGGAGAUUCCAAGGUUGAGUUUGGAAGGAGUGGAUUCAGGAUUUCAGUAUAGGUUAAAUUGUUGUAGGUCAAGAAAGCCUGUUUUGGAAACUAUAACGGAGGAACCGGCUAGGUUAAGGUGAUUGGUGAAACCUGAUUAUGCAUCAGAAUUUUUUUUUAACGAGUAGAUUAUUCAACACUCGAAAAGAAAAACUAGCUGAGGUGGAGCAGCCGUAGCAUCAAGUUUGUACAAAAUAUUCAUAUAUACAAAGUAAUUUGUUUGUGAUA